AUGGUUUCCGCCUCGAAGGCUGCCCGUAUGGCCAAGCGUGCCGAUGAGAAGAAGCCCAAGAAGGGCGGCAAGGACGAGCCUCAGCUCGAUGCCAACGGCAAGCCCAUUGUCUCUGACGCUCCUGCCACCACCGACCAGAAGGCCGUCGACAAGCUCACAGCCCAGAUGGACAAGCACGGUCUGUCUGAUCGUGUCACCACCGGUGUGCUGUCGUCUCUGCCCGCCUCUCGCGAUGUCAAGAUUACCUCCACCUCCCUCGUGUUCCACGGAAAGGUCCUCGUCACCGACUCCACCCUCGAGCUAACCUACGGUCGUCGUUACGGUCUUCUGGGUGAGAACGGUUGUGGAAAGUCCACCAUGCUCAAGUCCAUCGCUGCUCGCGAGUUCCCCGUCCCUGAGCACGUCGAUAUCUACCUUCUGAACGAGGGUGCUCCUCCCAGUGACCUCGGUGCCCUUGAGUGGGUUGUCCGUGAGGCUGAGCGCCAACUCGAGGCCAUGGAGAAGAAGGCCGAGGAUGUUCUUGAGGCCGAGGGUCCUGACAGCCCCAUCCUCGAGGAUCUCUAUGACAACAUUGACAAGAUGGAUCCUUCCACUUUCCACGUCCGUGCCUCUCUCAUUCUGACUGGUCUCGGUUUCAACAAGCACACCAUCAACAAGAAGACCAAGGAUAUGUCCGGUGGUUGGCGUAUGCGUGUGGCCCUUGCCAAGGCCCUGCGUGUGUGGCUUGAGGAGUACCUCAAGAAGUGGGACCGUACCCUGAUCCUUGUUUCCCACUCCAUGGAUUUCCUCAACGGUGUCUGCACCAACAUGCUGGACAUGCGUGGUCAGAAGCUCCUCUACUACGGUGGUAACUACGACUCUUACCACAAGACCCGUAGUGAGCAGGAGACCAACCAGAUGAAGGCCUACGCCAAGCAGCAGGAAGAAAUCCAGCACAUCAAGAAGUUCAUUGCUUCCGCUGGUACCUACGCCAACUUGGUGCGUCAGGCCAAGUCCCGCCAGAAGAUUCUCGACAAGAUGGAGGCCGAUGGUUUCAUCCAGCCUGUCCUUGCCGACCGUGUCUUCACCUUCCGCUUCGCCGAUGUCGACAAGCUCCCUCCCCCAGUUCUGUCCUUCGACGAUGUCAGCUUCUCUUACUCCGGUAAUUGGGAGGACACCCUCUACGAGCACCUCGACUUCGGUGUGGACAUGGACUCCCGUACCGCCCUCGUCGGCCCCAACGGUGUUGGCAAGUCCACGCUACUCCGUCUGAUGACCGGCAAGCUCAGCCCCAUCGGUGGCCGUGUCAGCCGUCACACCCACUUGAAGCUCGGCAUGUACUCCCAGCACUCCGCCGAGCAGCUUGACCUCACCAAGUCCUCUCUGGAGUUCGUCCGUGAUAAGUUCCCCGAGAAGUCCCAGGACUACCAGUACUGGCGCCAGCAGCUCGGCCGCUACGGUCUGAGCGGUGAGGGCCAGACUGCCCUCAUGGGUACCCUCUCCGAGGGACAGAAAUCUCGUAUCGUCUUCGCCCUGCUCGCAAUUGAGUCCCCCAACAUGAUCCUGCUGGACGAGCCUACCAACGGUCUCGACAUCCCCACCAUCGACUCCCUUGCCGAUGCCAUCAACGCCUACAGCGGUGGUGUUGUCGUCGUGUCCCACGAUUUCCGUCUCCUCGACAAGAUCGCCAAGGACAUCAUGGUCUGUGAGCACAAGACCGUCCGCCGCUGGGAUGGCUCCAUUGGAGAGUACAAGAACUACCUCCGUAACAAGAUGUUGUCGGCCGGUGCUGUCUAG